AUGCUUAUUUUAAUGUGUAUAUUAGUCUUAACUUACUCAAUACAAUUACCAAUUAAAGAAACUGAUAGUAUCGAAGUAUUGUAACUUGCUUCCAGUAAUCAACUCUAAGAUUAGUAUUUGAAUAAACCUCAAAACAAAUAAUAAGUUUUUCUAUUAGAUAUAGCAGAAUAAUUAGAAGGAACCACAAUUAAUACUUUAUUAAGUAAAAUGAGAGAAUAACCAUAGGUUUGUAAAGCAAAGAUAAUCAAUCAAAACGAAUUCUAAUAGCAACUUUAUUAUCAAUCAUAUUAAUUGUGAUUUGUUGUAUUCUCAUCUAAAUAAUUUUGGAUAUGUCUAAAAGAUGUAAAAUAAAGUUGAGUAGAGAAACUGCUACAAUGGCAAUUUAAUGA